AUACGAUUCCGCUGCUUACAACGAAUUCGGGAUAUCCGGUAAUUAUAUUAAAAAUGCUUUCAAGGAAAAGAAAAGAAAAUGAUAGACUGCGGGUUAAAAUGGAAUCAAAUCCAUCUGACCUAGACGGAGAUAGUUGCAACAAUGAUGAUGAACAUUCAAUUAUUUCCUCAAAAUAUGCAGAAGACCUAAAUACGAUAGAAACCGGCGAGACUUCUACGAGCAAAUCAAAACUUACACUCGACGAAAAAAAUCGUUUAAUCGAUGACUUAGCCUCUAACAAAAAUAUAAAUGACAUUCUAUGUAAAUAUAAACUUUCAAGAAGUUCACUUAAUUCAAUUCUAAACAAACGGAAUGAUACGAAAGGAAGUUCGAGUAAAACAGUAAACAAAAAUGUGAGCCCACUCUUCAAAAUUUUGGAAAAAAGAAUUUUAGAUUGGGUCAGAAAUGCCAAUAAAAGAAAGACAUCGUUCAAUGCAAAAGUUCUUCAAAAGAAAGCAAGAGAAAUUGCUGAAGAUCUUGGUAUUGCUGCCUUUAAAAGAUCAACAACUUGGGUGGAGAGGAUGAAAGCAAGAAAUAAAGAAGUGGUGUACGACAAGUUUAAAGAGAUUAGAAAAGUUUUCACAUUGACUUUAGAAAGGAAGGCUGAACUGAUUGCUGCUGUAGACCAAAGCAGUAGAUCCAAGCGUAAAUUAGCGGAGGAAUAUGGUAUAGCCCCCAGUACAUUGAGUGGUAUCAUGGUAAAUAGAAUCAAAAUCAUGGAAGCUUUCCACAAUCAGGCAUUUAGACCAGAAAGGAAGAAGUUUAGAAUGUCGUCAUUUGAAGACAUAGAAAAAGAGCUAUUACUUUGUGUACUUAAGUGGCAGUCUGCUAAUGAACCUUUCAAUGGACCUAAGUUGGUGGAGAAGGCCAAGGAGAUAGCUAAGGACCUAGAGGUCACAGAUUUUGUUGGUUCUAAUGGUUGGAUUGACAGAUUUAAAAAUAGACAUAACAUUAAAUUUAUACCUGGAUGUGAAGUGAAUAAAGGGUAUAAAGAGGACAGGAAAAUAACAACUUUAACACUUGAAAGGAAAGUUCAGCUAUUAGAAGAGGUGGAAAAGGGUGAAAGGUCAAAAAGACAAAUUGCUGAAGAAUUUGGAAUAGCACCUAGUACUUUAAGUGGCAUCAUUGUCAAUCGUGUUAGGAUAAUGGAAGCACAUAAUAGUAAUUGUUUUGGUCCAAGACGCAAGAAAUUCCGUAGAUCAAGAUUCCAAAAUGUGGAAGAAGACCUCCUGAAAUGGGUAGAAGAAACUAAAAAACGCAACUCAGCAAUAAAAAGCACCCAGCUUCUGGAUAAAGCAAAGGAAAUUGCAAAAGAGAAAGGAAUAGAAAAUUUUGCAGGCUCUCAUUCCUGGGUUGACAGAUUCAAAUCUAGAAAUUUAAAAACAUUUAAUUCUUCAGUAAAUGAUGAUGUAAGACCUGAUUAAUCAUGUUUAUGUAUCAAUUAUUUCUGAUGCAUUAGAAUUGACCAAUAUUCCAACAGAACCAUUUACUUUUGGAAAAAGUAAACUUGUAUCAUAUAG